AUGCUAAGUAUGCUAUCUAAAUGGCUAUUGGAAAAUGUUUCUGUCAAACGCAUUGAAAUAAUAUUUCCCGUAACAGGGCAUAGUUUUAUGCCCCCGGACAGAGUUUUCGGUAAUGUAGAAAAAGUUCUGAAGAAACAAGAAGUAAUCAUUCAACCAGAAGAAUAUUGCGAAUUCAUUUCAAGUAGUGCGACAGUCACGAAUCUAAGGGAUAUUAUUAUAUUUGACUUCAAAACGGCCGCUCAAGAAGUCUUUAAGCCGACAGCGAAAUGGCCAUUCAAAAUGACCCAAUGCAAGAGAUUUAUUAUAAAAAGAUCUAAGAUUUCAGGAAACACAGUUAUCCGCGGUGAACAGUUUUACAAGUCAGAUUCAAAUAAAUCCUUUAACCCUUAA